UUCCUCCAUUCGUGUUCGAUCGUUUUAACUCAAAAUCUAAACCGCUCUCGAAUUGAAUUAUCUAUCUGUUUUUCUUCUUAUCAUUAUUCAGGAUUUGUCACCAAAGUUAAUACAUGAUAGAUGGGAACGCAACCGCCUCAAUCGUGUGUAGAUGAAGAGGAUGAGGAACUGUUUGGUUGUGGAACUACAAUUUCGGGACAAUCAGGCUCCACAAGCAGGAGUGCCGGGUUGCCGUCUAGCCGAAGCGAGCAGACGACGGGGACAACCGCAGGUGAUAAUGCUGCUCGCAAAUUAAAUAAUCUCGACAUACAUGAUGAUGAUGCUGGAUCACAGGGAGUAGUUGCUAGCAGGAAGAAAAAGAGGGGCCAACGGGCUGUUGGGGGUGAUAAGAGUGGAAGAGGCCUCCGGCAAUUUAGUAUGAAAGUGUGUGAGAAGGUAGAAAGUAAAGGAAGAACAACUUACAAUGAGGUGGCAGAUGAACUUGUGGCUGAAUUUUCUGAUCCAAGCAAUAGUGUUUUGUCCCCUGAUCAGCAACAAUAUGAUGAGAAAAACAUUCGUCGAAGGGUCUAUGAUGCUCUGAAUGUUCUCAUGGCUAUGGAUAUUAUUUCCAAGGAUAAAAAAGAAAUACAAUGGAAGGGUCUUCCUCGUACCAGUCUGAAUGAUAUUGAAGAACUAAAGACAGAGCAUCUUGGGCUCAGGAGUAGAAUUGAAAGGAAAGCAGCCUAUCUGCAGGAGCUUGAGGAGCAUUUUGUAGGUCUUCAGAACCUUAUUCAAAGAAAUGAGCAAUUAUAUAGCUCAGAAAAUCCUCCCAGUGGAGGUGUAUCGUUACCUUUUAUUCUGGUACAGACACGGCCUCAUGCAACAGUUGAAGUUGAAAUAUCAGAAGACAUGCAGCUUGUUCAUUUUGAUUUCAAUAGUACUCCUUUUGAGCUGCAUGAUGACAAUUAUGUUCUCAAGGCAAUGAAAUUCUGUGAAAGACCACAAAGUGACAAUGUUACACACAAUGUUGCGAUUGGAGGGGAAGGUUCUAGUAUGUCAGGCAUGUAUCAGUCACAGGUUCCUCCUUUAGUUUCAAACAUCUCAGUUAGGCCUCCCAUAUCACCUCCACUCCCUGGAAUAUUAAAGGCAAGACAUAAGCAAGAGCAUUGAUCUGCAAGUUUAUGAUAUCAUCUUACCAUAUUUAAGCAUUUCUGUAUAUUUUGUAAAAAAAUUACCAAUUUAUAGACCUCCAUUAUAGUUUAGUCAUCAAUACAGCCAUGUCAUUUGGUAGGUCAGAAGCUGAUCGAUCUACUUGCUUCUGUAUUGUUUGGGGUAGACUGGCAAAUUCUUUGCCUACCACCUUUCAUUUACUACCUUAACUGAAUUUUUUUCCAUCACAAAUUUUUGCUGUAACUUCCCCCCACUGUAGUAUGAGAACUCGGUUGUACUAGCCCAUAGAUCAUGAAAUGGAUUUACAGUGUAAAUUGUAAAGUUUUCCAGCUUAUGUGGAUGUACUAGUUGGUAUUUGGACCAAUGCAUCUUGCUUGUGUUGUUGCAUUUACAGGGUCCCAAUCAGGCUCCACGUAUUAUAUUUCUAAAUAAUAAUGGAAAUUUUGUUAAACAA